UUAUUUAAGUGAAUAUUAAUCAGGGAAAUGUUGAUGAUACAUUGAAGAGAAGCUAUUAGAGAGAAAGAACGGAAGAAGAGAGGGAAGAAAAGAGGGAUGGGUGAUAAGAUGUGGAAGAGAAAUAAGACGGUAGUGGGGGAUAGUAGGAAGAAUACUAAGAAUGAUCGUGAGGAUACAAAAGAGCAUGUGGAAGAUAGAGGUAGAAGAGGAUCUCAAUAUACUGCUGAUAUUAGUGUUGAGGAUGAACUUUACUAUGAAGAAGAAAAAUCAGGUUGCAAUGAUAGCCCUCUUUCAGAAUCUGAAUUCCUCCAUGCUCUUAAUUCUAAGGUCAGUAUAUGCCAAGAUACAAUUCUGACUCUUAAAGAACUAAAGCACAGUAAAUGCCUUAAUAAAUUUGACAAUAUGGCAAAUCAUCUAGAAUGGAUGCUGACUGAUAUCCACAGACUCUGUCUUGACCAAUUCGGUGCUUCUAACAUGAAGAAAUAUGCUAAACCCAAUUAUUCCCAUUCCGGACUCUUUGGUGGAGAGAGUGUUGAUAGUAAAAGCUUUGAUUCAAAUGACUUAGAAAAUUUCCAUGAUGCUCUAGAAGAACUUGCUGAAACUCAAAAUAAAUAUGAAGAAGAAAAGGUUUUAAUCUCACGCAAGAAGAAGUCUCAUGAGAAGUCUCCUAAUGAAUUAGUUAAGAUUAGCUCUGAUAACUGCCAAAUUUGGAAUAGUGAGCUAUCCAGAGAUGGACUUCCUGUUCCCAAGCCAAAAGUGUCUACAAAUAUAUUUAGAAUACUCAAGGAUUGUAUUGGGAAAGACCUUGGACAUUUUGCUGUGCCUGUAUAUUUCAAUGAACCAAUAUCGAUGUUGCAGAGAGUUUGAGAGCCAAUGCAAAAUGAUUUUUUACUUUCUAAAGCUUCAUGACAAGAAACUCCGGAACUUCGGAUGGUAUACUAUGCUGCAUUUUGUAUUGCCCAGUAUGCUGGAUCUCAUGAAAGGCUAUCAAAGCCCUUCAAUCCGAUUCUAGGAGAAACAUUCGAGUUUGCAACACCGAAGUGGAAGUUUAUUGCAGAGCAAGUGAGUCAUCAUCCCCCUAUUUCUGCUUGUCAUGUUAUACAUGAAGAUUAUUCUUUCUGGACAAAUACACAUGUGAAAUCCAAAUUUUGGGGUAAAAGUAUAGAAUUCAAGCCUCUUGGAGUAACAAAAUUUAAGAUUAACUCUACUGAGGAAGUACUGACAUGUACUAGGCCAAGCACAUAUCUACAUGGGUUCCUUAUAGGACAUAAGUACCUUGACCACAACGGAGAGAUGAAGAUAACAAUGGACUCACCAAGUUUUUCAGAGACACCCUCGGUCAAAAUAAAGUUCCAUAAGUUAGGUCUUUUUGGGAAUCUUCAGAAGAUAGGAAAAAUCAGUGGAGAAGUCUAUGAUUCACUAGGAAGAAAAGUCUAUGAAAUAUUUGGCAAUUGUACUAGAGAAAUAAACUACAAAUCUGUCAAAUCUGACUGCGAUAGUAUAAAAUUGUGGGAAUUCCCUCAACAACCUGAAAAUUGGGACGAGAAUUAUAGAUUUACUGACUUCACUCUGAAGUUGAACAUGCUGACAGAGGAAAUGAAAGAACAUUUGCCCCCAACAGACUCUCGGUUUAGAUUAGAUCAAGCAUAUCUUGAAAAAGGAGACCUUGAGAAAGCAGGAGAAGAAAAAUUUAGACUUGAAGAAAAGCAGAGAAGGAGGAGAAAAAGACACCAGAAAGAGAAAUUUAUACCCAAGCCACUGUAUUUUGUAGAGGAUCCUGAUUCGGUGAAUGAUGAUUUUGCUAGUUACAUUUACAAAGGAGGUUACUGGAAUCAUAAAAAUACCAAAAAAUGGGAUCACUUACCUGAUUUAUUUGGCCCUGAUAGUCUCGAAUUAUAGAAACCCUAUAAAAUACCUAAAUUUUAACUCAAAUUUCCAUCAAUAAUUUC